CUCAGAACCCGAUACCCAAGCUGUCGGUUCCCAUACUUAUUGGGGUGCGGUCACGUGUGUCACUUUUGACCAGGAAAGGAGCACCGGCGGCCAGCAGGGUCUUCUGGUAGUGGGAGCACCACCUCCGCACAGGCACCUCGCACCAGUGGAGUCUGGUCUCUGCAGCCCCCCGACUGUCUCUCCCCUCCAGAGCGAGACCCCCAGGAGGUCAUCGUCGUUUCUAUCGCUGAUUACUUUUUUUUUUUCUUCAAUAAGCUGAGGGGGACUUUUGAAGUCCUGAUAGAGGCGGAACCAUGACAGCUGUCGAAACCCAAAUGACGUACAGCAACUCCUACACGAUCCACCAUGAAGAAGCGUACAUGACCCAGGAGGAGGACUGGGACAGGGACCUGCUGCUGGACCCUGCCUGGGAGAAGCAGCAGAGAAAGACCUUCACAGCUUGGUGUAACUCCCACUUGAGAAAGGCCGGAACACAGAUCGAGAACAUUGAAGAGGAUUUCAGAAAUGGCCUCAAACUCAUGCUGCUGCUGGAGGUCAUAUCAGGUGAGAGGCUGCCCAAACCCGACAAAGGCAAGAUGCGUUUCCACAAGAUCGCCAACGUGAACAAAGCUCUGGACUUCAUCUGCAGCAAAGGCGUGAAGCUGGUGUCUAUCGGUGCUGAGGAAAUUGUGGACGGUAAUGUGAAGAUGACCCUCGGUAUGAUCUGGACCAUCAUCCUGCGUUUCGCCAUCCAGGACAUCUCUGUGGAAGAGACCUCUGCUAAGGAGGGUCUGCUGCUGUGGUGCCAGAGGAAGACUGCCCCCUACAGGAACGUCAACGUGCAGAACUUCCACAUCAGCUGGAAGGACGGCCUGGCCCUGUGCGCCCUCAUCCACAGACACAGACCGGACCUCAUCGACUACUCCAAACUGAGAAAGGACGACCCCAUCGGAAACCUGAACACUGCCUUCGACGUGGCCGAGAAGUUCCUGGACAUCCCCAAGAUGCUGGACGCUGAAGAUAUUGUGAACACACCCAAACCUGACGAGAAGGCCAUCAUGACCUACGUGUCGUGUUUCUACCACGCCUUCGCCGGAGCCGAGCAGGUAACGCCGGCUUCCCGUUCAGACGUUCCACGCUUUCCUGCUCCCCCCGCGCCGCGUUCUGACUGCCGCUCCCCCUCCCCCUCGGCCGAGACGGCCGCCAACCGCAUCUGCAAAGUGCUGGCCGUCAACCAGGAGAACGAGAAGCUGAUGGAGGAGUACGAGAAGCUGGCCAGCGAGCUGCUGGAGUGGAUCCGCCGCACCAUCCCCUGGCUGGAGAACCGCACGGCCGAGCAGACCAUGCGCGCCAUGCAGCAGAAGCUGGAGGACUUCCGCGACUACCGCCGCAUCCACAAGCCGCCGCGCGUGCAGGAGAAGUGCCAGCUGGAGAUCAACUUCAACACCCUGCAGACCAAGCUGAGGCUCAGCAACAGGCCCGCCUUCAUGCCCUCCGAGGGCAAGAUGGUGUCGGACAUCGCCAACGCCUGGAAGGGCCUGGAGCAGGUGGAGAAGGGCUACGAGGAGUGGCUGCUGACCGAGAUCCGCCGCCUGGAGAGGCUCGACCACCUGGCCGAGAAGUUCAAGCAGAAGUGCGCCAUGCACGAGUCCUGGACCUCAGGUAAGGAGGACCUCCUGUCCCAGAAGGACUACGAGUCGGCCUCCCUGAUGGAGAUCCGGGCCCUGAUGAGGAAGCACGAGGCCUUCGAGAGCGACCUGGCCGCCCACCAGGACCGCGUGGAGCAGAUCGCCGCCAUCGCCCAGGAGCUCAACGAGCUGGAUUACCACGACGCCGCCACAGUCAACGCCCGCUGCCAGGGCAUCUGUGACCAGUGGGACAACCUGGGCACCCUCACCCAGAAGAGGAGGGACGCGCUGGAGCGCGUGGAGAAGCUGUGGGAGACCAUCGACCAGCUGUACCUGGAGUUCGCCAAGAGGGCGGCGCCCUUCAACAACUGGAUGGACGGAGCCGUUGAGGACCUCCAGGACAUGUUCAUCGUCCACAGCAUCGAGGAGAUCCAGAGUCUGAUCACAGCUCACGACCAGUUCAAGGCCACCCUGCCCGAAGCCGACAAGGAGCGCAUGGCCACCAUGGGCAUCCACAACGAGAUCCUGAAGAUCGCCCAGACCUACGGCAUCAAGCUGUCGGGAAUCAACCCGUACACCAACCUCAGCCCCCAGGACAUCAGCACCAAGUGGGACACGGUGAAGCACCUGGUGCCCCUCAGAGACCAAAUGCUCCAGGAGGAGGUGGCCAGGCAGCAGGCCAACGAGCGGCUGAGGCGCCAGUUCGCUGCCCAGGCCAACAUCAUCGGACCCUGGAUCCAAACCAAGAUGGAGGAGAUCAGCCACGUCUCGGUGGACAUCGCCGGCUCUCUGGAGGAGCAGAUGAACAGCCUGAAGCAGUACGAGCAGAACAUCAUCAACUACAAAUCCAACAUCGACAAGCUGGAGGGCGACCACCAGCUGAGCCAGGAGUCGCUCAUCUUCGACAACAAGCACACCAACUACACCAUGGAGCACAUCCGCGUGGGCUGGGAGCAGCUGCUCACCACCAUCGCCAGAACCAUCAACGAGGUGGAGAACCAGAUCCUGACCCGCGACGCCAAGGGCAUCAGCCAGGAGCAGCUCAACGAGUUCAGAGCCUCCUUCAACCACUUCGACAGGAAGAGAAACGGCAUGAUGGACCCAGACGACUUCCGUGCUUGUCUCAUCUCCAUGGGCUACGAUCUGGGCGAGGUGGAGUUCGCCCGCAUCAUGACCCUGGUGGACCCCAACAACACGGGCGUGGUGACCUUCCAGGCCUUCAUCGACUUCAUGACCCGCGAGACCGCCGAGACCGACACCGCCGAGCAGGUCAUGGCCUCCUUCAAGAUCCUGGCCUCGGACAAGAACUACAUCACGGUGGAGGAGCUGCGCCGGGAGCUGCCGCCCGAGCAGGCCGAGUACUGCAUCACCCGCAUGACCCGGUACAUCGGCGCCGACGGCCCCCCCGGAGCCCUGGACUACAUCUCCUUCUCCAGCGCCCUCUACGGGGAGAGCGACUUAUAAACCCCGCCGCUGCUCUUCACCUCCUCCUCCUCCUCCCUUCACCCCCAGCUUGUCCCUUUUUUGUUUUUUUGUUUUCCUCCUGUUUGGAGAAAGCGAUUGUAAACCCUUCUUCCACCGUCCUUCUCUAUGCUUUAUUCUUAUCAUUUUUUCCUCUCUUUCAUCUUAACUUCCUCCUCUCUCUCCCUCUCUCUCUCUCUUUCUCCUCCCCUCAUGCCCAGAAACAGAGGGGGAGAGCGGAGGGGCCUCUGCUCAAAUCUUAAGAAACGAGCUUCGGACCGGCCUGCUCCUCUCUCAUUUCUGUCAUGGUGCCUUACUAAAAGAAAGAAAUAUAUAUAUAAAAAACACCAAAGUGUGCCGCGAAUUGCACUGAACUGGAGCAAAGCAGCGUAAAAUACAAAGCGGAGAGAGAGAGAGAGAACGUAAGGAAAAGGGUGAGUUUUGAGCCGCGGCCUCCCGCUCCGCCCCUCUCGGACGACUCUUUUGUAGAAGGGUGAUUAAAGAAGAGAACGUGAUGAAAAAAAAAAAAAAAAGCUGGUUGGUCAAUUUGGCUUGGCUGGUUGUGUAAUUUGUGCAGAUGCAUGUUGAAGUUUAGAAGAAGAAGAAGAAACAAAAAGCCGUCUCUUGACGUCGGGGAUUCUUUGAUCACGUCUCACCACAGCACUGUGAAGCCUGAAUGUUAGCGCGACGCCACUCUCUCAGGAACAAAACGGAGGAUGGCAGGGAGAGAGAGCGAGAGAGAGCAAAGCACUGUGGGUAAAGCACGGACUGACAGACUGCACGGUAAUGGGUUGUGGCCAGACGGACGCCUCGGGCAGGGAGGCGUGGGGCAGGGACGGGCCGCAGGGCUUCGGGAAAGUUGCGCGUUAAAAACAGAAGAGGAGUUGAAGCUGAAGCGGGAAGCUCAGAGAGGGUUUUCAGUCCCAUUUAUUUAAAUAAAAAAAAAAAAGGAAGAAAGAAAGAAAGAAAGGUCAGCCAUGAUGAAUCGGUGCGAGUGGCGUCCUCCGUGUGCAUGAUCUUAAUUUCAUCUGUGCUCCUCCUCCCUCCAUCCCCUCCUCCUCAUCCUGUCAUCAGCAACACAACACUUUCAAACAACACUUAAAAAAAAAAAAAAAA